CUCUAGCGGCAUCCAUCUUCCCUCCCAGGUUCCGUCCAGUACAGCAACAGUUCCUUCCGCUGAAACCAAGCGGGGCUUUGCGUUGCCAUGCAACGCUCAACAGAGGAAAGGCCCCUGGGUGGUCCUGGCCUGGGCCGCUUCCAUCCGCUCUGCGCCAGCCCCGACGACUCCUGUUUCCGUCCGCCUAUUAAAAGGAGCGCCAAGCACGCCACUUUCGCCCUCGGCAGAGCCCGCAGAUGGCGCUAGCGCCGGGGGGUCCGGGGUGCCCGUGUCGCCGCCGCCUGCUAGCGCUGCUCUUCGUUGUCCUCGCGCGCGCCACCGCCCAGCCGCCUCUUGAGGCCUUUCAGGCGGGACGCAGCGCCUCCUCCUUGCCCGUCGCAACUUCCGCGGCGGCUCUCAGACGGUAUCUUUUGUAUGAUGUAAACCCACCUGAAGGUUUCAACCUCCGCAGAGACGUCUAUAUACGAGUUGCCUCUCUUAUAAAAACUUUGUUGAAAAGUGAAGCUUGGGUGUUGGUUCUGCCUCCCUGGGGACGUCUCUAUCAUUGGCAGAGUCCAGACAUUCAUCAGAUCCGAAUACCUUGGUUUGAAUUUUUUGAUGUUCCCAGCCUCAGUAAAAAUAUACCUGUUAUUGAGUAUGAACAGUUUCUUGCAGAAUCAGGUGGACCCUUUAUUGAUCAAGUGUAUGUCCUGCAAAAUUAUGCUGAAGGAUGGAAAGAAGGGACUUGGGAGGAGAAAAUAGACAAAAGGCCAUGCAUUGACCAAUUAAUGUAUUCGACAGACAAACAUAAACACUACAGGGGAUGGUUCUGGGGUUAUGAAGAAACACGGGGCAUUAAGGUGGAUUGUUUAUCUGUCCAAGGCUCUGCCUCUGUCGUAGCUCCUCUCCUUUUGAACAUAUCUGCUCGGUCAGUGAUGCUAGACAGAGCUGAAAAUCUUCUACAUGACCACUAUGGUGGCAAAGGUUAUUGGAAUACUCGUCGAAGCGUGGUGUUUGCUAAGCAUCUCCGUGUGGUGGGGGACAUGUUUAGAACCAAAUUUUUAAACUCUACUGAUGAGAGAGACAGGACACAGUAUUCUGAGGACUGGACAAAGAUGAAGGUAAAGCUGGGUACGGCCAUAGGUGGCCCAUAUCUUGGAGUUCACCUCAGACGCAAAGACUUCAUCUGGGGUCACAGAAAUGAUGUGCCUAGCAUCCAGGGAGCUGUUAAGAAAAUCCAAAUCCUCUUGAAGUUGCAUAAACUUCAGAGAGUUUUUGUAGCCACUGAUGCCAUUGCGAAGGAAACUGAACAGCUGGAGAGACUGCUUCCGGAGAUGGUGAGAUUUGAACCUACUUGGGAGGAGGUGGAACUCUACAAAGAUGGAGGAAUAGCAAUUAUUGAUCAGUGGAUAUGUGCACAUGCCAGGUAUUUUAUAGGUACCUCAGUCUCAACAUUUUCUUUCCGCAUUCAUGAGGAAAGAGAGAUUCUUGGUUUUGAUCCCAAAACAACUUACAACAGAUUUUGUGGAGAUGAAGAGAAGACCUGUGAACAGCCAACUCACUGGAAAAUUGUAUAUUAAAAUAUAUUCGUCUGGAACUGUAGUCGUUAGGCUCAUCAAUGCAAUGAAACAAUUUUGUAGAAAGAAUUUUUUUUGCUAAUGUUGCUUUUUCAUUUCUGGUGCUAAGCACACAUGAAUGGUAGUAGUUUAUUCUCAAAAAGGUGCCGGCAGCUCAGUAUUAUUAUUGACAGCUCUUCCAACAAGACAUGUCUCCCUUUUAAAAUUUGAUCAGAUGAUAUUUUCUGUUAAAAUAUUUUGGAAUCAACAUCAGUUUGUAUUAUAUUCCCGUUCAGAUUGGUGGAGAUGCUUUGUGUUUACAAGAAAUAAAGGGUUUUUUUAAUGCACCAUAAUUUCUAGAGUUAUCAGAACUUGCAGCUCUUUAACAAGUCUUUUCAUUGUGAACUAGCAAGAAAAUACAGUCAUGAGUUCAAACAGCGGCUGUGUGAAGUAACAGAUCUGCCGUAUGUAAUUCCCAAGGUAACUCUCCUAGUCAAAGAAGUUGUAUGGGAAAUUCAGUCCCUAAACUGUGUAAUAUUGUGUCUCGCUCAGGUUGUCUCUUUGGCUGAUACACUAAUCUUUGCCUUAGUUCACCCUUGGUUACACUUUUCAACAGCCGUUUGCUUAAAUCAGAAAUGGUUUUAUCCGCUCAUUACGGAUAAAAGAGUUGUUCCAGCAUUUGCGGUUUUCCUAGUGUAAUGUGAUCACGUUAAUGGUCAAUUGUUGACUAUAAGAUAUGAUUCAUGUUUUGUCAUGGCUUGCCAUGUCUGAAACAUGUUCUCCCUUAUAUUGAAGUUGAAGUUCUAAUUUAGCAGCAAAAAGUUCUGCUCUUUUAUUUUUACUAUUUACUGUUCAGUGUGAACUGUCAGGCUUGUGUGAGAGCAAAAGCAGGGUGUGGCUUAGUUUUUGGAUUGCCCUUCUGUGUGUUUUUGUUUUGGGGUGGGUGGACAGUUUUACCCUUGCGUCAUAAAGGGUUGGGUCUUUUACUUGGACCAUAUUCAUCCUUUGAUACUCGUUACUCUCUUGCAUCUUAGCGUGGUAGUGAUAAAAUAGGUAGUCUCUAGUUAGAGGUACAGCAGAGACCAGUUUUUAGACACUGCGAAGGAUUCAAAUAGUCUGUCGAGGUUUAUUGUUGUAUCUAAAAUAGUUCCUCUGUCAUGUGGCCUAGUAUGUGCUUUUACCACAUGAAUUAUGCCUUAUGACUUUCAUUACCCAUUUAUGUCUGUUAGGUAUGUUUAUGCUUCCUACGCUUGUGCCUUAUAUUAAUGGCUUUGAGGAAUUGCUUAUGAGCCUAAGCUGAGAGCAGCCUCUUGUUCUCCCUUGCCUCACAACUGAGUUCCCAGGUUCUUAACUGACCACUUCUCAGCAUCUCUCCUGAUGGGGCAGUCUGGUUUUAAGUGCUGUCUGCAUAUUUCUAGCCUAAUAACAUCUCUCUACCUUCCCAGCUUCCCUGUAUAUCUUUAGUGUAUGUUUGUCUUGCCUACCAUCUUAUUGCAGUGCUAUUCCACACCUUCCCCUCUCCCUGGCAAGCCAUUUAUCACCUGUUUGCCAUCUAGUGCCAGCUGACAUCGUCUGGAGCCAGAUAACCUCUAGUGUUCUACCUCCAAACCUGUUACUAAAUUCAUUGCUCCUUUUGUUCAUUGUCAGGACCCAUAACAAAGAGGCAGAAUGUUGGCCUGCUAGCGAUGGAACUAACUGCGCUUCCUCUAUAGUUAUAUCACUAUUGUGCUUCAGAAAUUAUAUACAAUAAAAUAUUUACAGAUUCCCUGGUAAGUCAAUAUGUUCAAGUCUCUGUUUAAUUUGUGAUUUUAUCCAGUGAGGUUUGUUCUUCACGUUUAAAGAUAAUUUUUUUCAAGCAGUUCCUUCGGGAUGCUAUCAGUUACAGAAUCUGUGCAGGAUGAUGGUUCUACAUAAAUUGUAUAGCUGGGGAGCAGGGAUUGGUAGCCUACAAAGAUGGCGGCGUAGGCUGGGAGCUCCUUGGUCUGUUUUUACUCCUAAAUUGAGAGAAAAAAUAGCGACUCAUACCCACUUUUACCUGCCCCAAAGGGGAAUGCAGUCAGGAGCAGAGCACCAUGAAGGUCAAGGUCUCAAGCUUUAUUUUAAGCCGACUGGAAUGGAGGAUUCAGAUGGUGAGGACGACAACCAGGAAGCGGUGGGGGGGAAGAAACCAAAUAAGGGGUGACCAGAUAAACACAGGGGCAAGGAUCCUGCUUUCAACAACUCUUCUCCGCAAUGCAGUUUGAGGGAUCUUCCAAACGAGAGACACUGAGAUGAGUACUGGCAGUUUUUAGGGAACAGUUACUUGAAAUAUUCAGUGGCAAGAAGAUGGCAGAAAUAGUGAGAUCUUAGUGAAACUUUGUCAAAUGGAGCAGGGACUAUUUGGGUCUGAGGA